GAAAAUGCCUCAACAUGAAAAGUGACAACCAGAGCUUCUUGGAGGAGUCCCCUGAGAACUUCAUCCUGCUGGGUGUUUCUGACAGGCCAUGGCUGGAGCUCCCUCUCUUUGUGGUCCUCCUGGUGUCCUACAUACUGGCCAUUUUGGGGAACAUUGCCAUCAUGCUGGUGUCCCGGCUGGAUCCCCAACUCCACAGCCCCAUGUACAUCUUCCUUGGCCACCUGGCCUUCCUGGACCUCUGUUACACCACCACCACAGUCCCUCAGAUGCUGGUCAACAUGGGCAGUUCCAAGAAGACCAUCAGCUACGGUGGCUGCACAGUGCAGUAUGCAAUUUUCCACUGGUUGGGAUGCACUGAGUGCGUUGUCUUGGCCGCCAUGGCCCUGGACCGCUACGUGGCCAUCUGCAAGCCCCUCCAUUAUGCCAUUAUCAUGCACCGUGCUCUCUGUCAGCAGCUCGUGGCUGUGGCCUGGCUCAGUGGCUUCAGCAACUCCCUUGUGCAGGUGGUCCUAACAGUGCAAUUGCCUUUCUGUGGGCGGCAGGUGCUGAACAACUUCUUCUGCGAGGUGCCAGCCAUGAUCAAGCUGUCAUGUGCUGACACGGCUGUGAAUGACGCCACACUGGCUGUGCUGGUGGCCUUCUUUGUGCUGGUCCCCCUCGCCCUCAUCCUUCUCUCCUAUGGCUUUAUCUCCCGUGCUGUGCUCAGAAUCCAGUCGUCCAAAGGACGGCGUAAGGCCUUUGGGACCUGUUCUUCCCACUUGGUGGUGGUCUCCCUUUUCUACCUACCUGCCAUCUACAUGUACCUGCAGCCCCCUUCUAGCUACUCCCAAGAGCAGGGCAAGUUCAUUUCCCUUUUCUAUUCCAUAAUUACUCCCACCCUCAAUCCCUUUAUCUACACACUGAGAAAUAAAGAUGUGAAGGGAGCUCUGAAAAGACUUCUGGCACGGAUUUGGAGGCUCUGCCGAAGAUGAAGAUCUGAGAUGUGUCAGUUUCCACUGAUUAAUGAACAUUGAGCAAGCAUAUUGUGUGCUCAGAGCA